AUGCCGCCGCCAAUAGGCUCUUGAAGAGGAGGCUAUGUAAGCAGAACUGAGGUUCUUGCAGGGGCCUAGGGGUCGGCAGAAACCGCUCGUACAGUGAAGCAGAAGCAAAAGGAAGCUCUCCGUCCUGUCUGCGACGAAUGGGAGGCCAGGAAUCGAUUCUACCUGUCACGGGUGCGAAGGAGCACGACAGAAGCUUCCUCGAAUCUGGCAUAUCUUCACCUCCAAGCGAAGAGACAGAAUCAUCGUGAGAACGCCAGGAGCCUGCUGGCAGCCCCCGGGGAAUUGCCAGUACUGUCUAUAUAAAGGGCGCCCCCCCUUGCACUUUUUGACUUUUUUUCAGCCAUCCAACAUCUUCUCACAGCUGUCACUGAAUUGUCUUCUCAUCUCUCGAUUCUUGAGUCUUCCACAAGCAACAUCUUCCCAGAAGCACCAUUCUCGACUACCAUGUCUCUUCCACAAGCACCAACCGAGAACACCAUGUCUCACGUCAUCAUCCCGGCCGCUGUUGAGCCUUCUGGCCCUCAGUUCCAGCGGUUUCCCAACGAACUCCUCCUCGAGAUCAUCAAGUACUCGGUCGCCUUGUCGCCCGACUCCAAGCUCGGCAACGUCGUCGACAAGAAAUACUUCUACUUCCUCAACUCCUUAGGCCCCUUCUUCAAGCUCCGCAAGGUCUCAAAGCUCUUCGCCUCCCUCGCCACCCGUGCCUUCUACGAGGUCAACUACUUCAAGUUCGUCUCCAUCAACGCCAAGCCUGGCCAAAAGGCUUUGGAUACUACAAUCCCCAUGCUCCUGCCUCCUAUCCACGUCCGUGGCUACCUUCGCCGCAUACAUCUCGCCAUCUGCCUCGCCGACUUCUUCACCACAACGAACCGUGGAGACGAGGUCCCACAAGCACAACGUUGGUGCGCCCAGCACCGCAUCACUACCAUCCAAGACCUCUUUGCCCAUUGCUAUGGUGCUCGGCAUCUGCGUGCGCUCAGCGACCAUACGCUGGCUUCUGGCCGUCUUUCGGAGGUGAACCUCCACAUCCUCACCGACUUCCGCUUCCUGGAUGCGGCAAAUUUCAAGGCAACAAUGGCGCUCUUCACUGAGGCGCUCUUCGUGGUGACGGCUGGCAAAGUCCAGAUCACCGUCACCAACGAAUGGGGCCUCAGUGAGGCCUGGCACACAGAGCUGGUGAAGACCAUUGGCGUCAAGGAGCAGUAGGUGCUGGGUGGUUUUGUUAUGGUGGUGGACGGAUGUGUGGCUGGGUGGUCACAAAGUUUUGAUAGUCACCCAGCUGUUGUAGCUGACAGCAUAUGAAUGACAUAUGG